CAAUCUUCUCUUCUCCUGUUUACUUCCUUAAUAAUAUUUAGUCAACACCAUAUUCAUUAUUUUAGAAUAAAAAAGAAACACUAUACAAAUAUUUUCAUAACUGCGUCAAGGGUUAUGCUCAGUUCAUCUUGAACAGAGACAAUUUCUAAGACACCAUGGAAGUUAAUCAGGAAAAGGUGAACUUAGGAUCCAAAAGAAAGGCUUCCAUUGAUGAUGAAACGGAAGAAAAGAGAAAAAUACCUAGAUCUUCUGACCAGACUAGCGCUGACAACAAUGACCUUGAUUUGAAUGCUAGAGUUAGUCCUGCAGAAAGACAACCGGGUAGUACUGAAAACAAAACGCAGAAGAGCAAUCAAUCAAACGCGCUAAAUCUUUGGAAAAUCACAAAUGAAUCGAUCAGAUUUGAAUUCACAGCAGAGACAAAUGAGGACGAUGAUAAUUUAGCAGAGAAUGACCUGAAAAGAAAUGAUAAGAAAUCAUGGGACAAGGAUCUACCACUCACGAAAAUAUUUAUGAAAAACAAGACUGAAUAUUUUAAAUAUGAAAGCUCAAUAAAGAAGCCCGAGAGCGAAGAAAGUGUCGUACAAGAAGAAGUUCGUACAACAGCUACCAGUUCCUACGGAGAAACAUCAUUGAAAAAAGAAGAACAAGCACUCGAAGCAAAUAAUGCUGCUAAAGAAAACAGUUUGGAAGGAAAAUAUGAGACAACUGUUAAAGAUGAAAGUAAAGUGAAUGAGAAAGAGAGGUUUGCAAUAAACCUGGAUGUUUCAAAUGAAAACAGUGACGACGAAUCGGUUGCCGGGGGAAAAGAAGAAGUUGAAGAACAGAAACCUAAUGAGUAUGUAUAUAGAAUCCUUCGAUUUGACGAAACCUAUCAGAAUGGGCUUAGACCAAAGAAUAUCUUCUCUAGAGUUAGUCUUCAGCAACACGUGGAGCGGGGAAGUAAGGGCCAGGAAUCGAGGUUUAUUUCCUGCUGUAAAACUCUUACAGGUAUACGGAGGCUAGCGGGUCUGACAAACAAGAAACAUCUAAAAAGAGAUGUAGUUAAGAUCAAUAUCACCAAGCUUACAUGUAGGAACAGAGCGGAAGUCAUAGACCUUACGAGAGAGGAUAUUCGUGCGCGUCAUAUUUCACGUUCUUCAGACGCAUGGGAAUAUGCAGAAAAAUUUGAAGAAGUGAUUAUUGAGCCGACGUCACAUGUUCCCUCAGAAUGUGUCGAAAAAAUUGGUGUCGUUCAUAGAAAAAGUUUUAGUUUCAUAUAAGCCGUUUAUAGCCUUGCGUCCUUAUCAGUAAUGAGAUGAGGUUUAUA